AUCGUACCUGAGAACUCCCAACCUCUCCUCACUUCUCAGCCCCACUCCAGCCCAGACACCACCAUGACAGGCUCCUGCUGUGGAUCCUUCUCCUCCCAGAGCUGUGGAGGAGGCUGCUGCCAGCCCUGCUGCUGCAGGGACCCCUGCUGCUGCCGCCCAGUGUCCUGCCAGACCACAGUGUGUCGCCCUGUGACCUGUGUGCCCCACUGCACCAGGCCCAUCUGUGAGCCCUGCCGCCGCCCCAUCUGCUGUGACCCCUGCAGCCUGCAGCAGGGCUGCUGUCGCCCCAUCACCUGCUGCCCCACCUCUUGCACAGCUGUGGUCUGCAGGCCUUGCUGCUGGGCCUCCACCUGCUGCCAGCCCAUCUCAGUGCAGGCUCCCUGCUGCAGGCCCCCCUGCUGCCAGCCUGCUCCCUGUCGCACCACCUGCAGGACCUCCCCCUGUAACACCUGCUGCUGAGCCAUCACAUAGGCAGCUUCUCCGGGUGAACAGAACUCGUCCUACUCCUGAUGGAGCAGAGAGACACCACUUUUGCAGCCCAUCUGUACUUCCCCAGUUCACCCAACCGUAAAGGCCUAUCAAGUUCUCCAUAUAUAUAUUCAGCUAGUCAUCUGCAUAGCUCUAGACAUAUUCUAGCUCCCAUCAGCAGAAUUCUUGGCAUCAAAAGCAUAUGUAAGCAAAUGUUAAGUUUUUUCAUGAAGAUCCAUCCCAUUGAGUCACUGUAAUUUUUUUUUUUUAAUUUCAAGGUUCAGAUGGGAUAUGUUUUCAGCAUGGUAUCCUUGUGCUAUGGUUUUGCAUGAUAAAAAAAAUAAAAUUUUAUUUUUGGUGAA